AUGUCGCUUGCUUCGUCACAGGAGUUCUACACUGCCGUCUCCCACAAGUUCCGCGCCGCCGACGUCAUAGGCGCCAAGCUCGGCGGAAAAGUCCUCGCAUGCUCGGACGAAUGGUUCGCCGACGCUUCCAACCUCAUUGAGCCCAAGGCGCCCAUCCGAGACGCGACCCGUUUUGUGCACGCGGGCGCCUGGUACGACGGAUGGGAAACGCGCCGUCACAACACCGCGGAGUAUGAUUGGACCGUCAUACGCAUGGGCGUAGCCGCCGCACACCUGGUCGGCUGCGUUGUCGAUACCGCGUUCUUCAACGGUAACCACGCUCCGGCUAUCUCCGUCGACGCCCUCUACGCCCCUGAACUCGGCACAGACGACCAAGCACCCGCCGAGGACGACCCGCGCUGGCGCGAAGUCAUCCCCGUCACCGAGUGCGGGCCCUCUGCGAAUCACUACAUACUGCGCGACGCCCAGACAUCCGACGCGUAUACGCACGUAAAACUCAAAAUGUACCCGGACGGCGGCAUAGCGCGUUUCCGGAUGUAUGGGCGCGUCAUUCCGCUGCCCCGCGCCGCCGGAACCCCGCCUGUGGAUCUAGCCGCGGUCGUGAACGGCGGCGUCGCGGUCGCCGUCUCGGACCAGCAUUUCGGCAGCGCGGACAAUCUGCUUUUGCCCGGCCGCGGCCACGACAUGUCGGACGGAUGGGAAACGGCGCGGUCGCGAAAGCCUGGUCACGUGGACUGGGUCAUCGUCGAGCUCGGCGGCAAGGCCCGCCGCGUCGACAAAGUGGUCGUCGACACGGCGCAUUUCCGCGGGAACUUCCCGCGGGCCGUGUCUGUGCAUGUGCUCGAGGAAGACAGCGCUGUGCCCGCGCAUGACGACCCGCGCUGGACACCGCUGGUUCUCGACGCGGCGACAAGCGCCGACCGGGAACACGAGUUCGCGGUGGGUCGCGACGUCGUCGCGACCCACGUCAAGUUGACUAUCAUUCCGGAUGGCGGCGUCAAACGGCUGCGCGUGUUUGCCGCCUAG